AUGAAUAUGAACCGCCGAACUAGAGACCUUGCACUACUCUCCUCGAUGCUCUACCAAACCGCACAAGCACAGUACGACAACGACGACGAAGACUUCGAAGGCUCCGGCUCCGGCGACUUUGGUCCUUCUAUCCCAUUUUUGCAACCGAAAAGCCACGACGCAACAGAAGAGAGUCUGACAACACUAAAUACAAACGUCAAGGACGAGCCCGAGAAUGCAGGUUCCGAGGACUACAGUGUCAUAAUGUACGCCGGGAUCGCCGUGGCGGCGCUCUUCGUUGUUGUCGGUGCUAUCGCCUUCAUCCGCCACAGGAAAAAAGACGACGGAGAAUAUACUAAGGGAGACAAAGCUUGA